UGCGGAAGCACACAGCAAAGCUUGCCUUUUCCAGACGGCCCAGAACCCAACCAACAAGGAAAGUGCCGAGAGCUACAAACAUUUCCGUGAACGGAUGUCUGCUACGACAACCUUUGCACACACAAAAUAUGCUUGUGUGAAGCUAUGCCCUAAUACAGAAGCUGUUUCGCUUACCUUGCCGUAAACGACAGCGUGCUCUCCGUGUAGUAUAACUUUGCCGGGGACAGAAACCCUGUAUGUGCUCAUGCUUCUCACCUUACCGGCUAAAGAGCAAAAGACGUGGAGUGGAGAGGUGAAAGCGGGAAAUGGCAGAGAGUGCGUCGAGUGUGACAAGAUCAGCAGACAGACAAGGAGGAAACGCCUGCAGGAUGUCGUUUGACGCAGAACGUAGCAGCACUAAUGGAAAUGAGAGCCCCGAAUUGGAUGUAGUCUCGCCAUGGGGAGCUCCAGUAGGAAAUGAGCAACGGAAAGCUGAAGUGGUUUUAGUUACUGGCUCGAGUGGCUUUCUUGGACAACACAUAGUGAAGCUUCUGCAGGAGGAGGACCAGACAGUGCGUGAAAUUCGCCUCUUUGACAUCGUUCCCUAUGAAAACAAGCUAGGGCACAAGACAGACAAACCGACUAAGGAAAUCACCGGGGACCUGUGCAAUGCCAGAGCCUUACAGGAAGCAUUUGCUGGGGUGGACUGCGUUAUUCAUGCAGCUGCCCGGGUGGACGUCGGUCUUUUUCCGGAUGUUGAGGCUCUCGAAGCCGUCAAUGUGGAAGGCACACGCAAUGUGAUAGAUGCAUGCAUCAAACAGAACGUUCCGUACUUGGUGUUCACCAGCACGGUAGAUGUGGUGGUGAGCAGCAACCAUAUCUUCUUCGGGGCUGAGAACACGACCUUCACCCCGAAGCACUUUCUCAUGGGGCCUUACGCGGAAACCAAACAUCGCGCCGAGCAGCUGGUACUGCAGGCCAAUCACCGGGUGCUCGCCGACGGAGCGACCAAGUUUAGGACGCUGGUAUUGCGCCCGACAGCGAUGUUUGGAGAGCAGGACACACACUUUGUGGUGGAGUUCCUGCGACAUGCCAAGGCAUCCAAUAAUUGCCUGUCCAAGGUCCGCAGUGUCGACGAACGUUUCCAGGUAACCUACGUGGGUAAUGCAGCACAAGCACAUCUGCAAGCAAAAAACCGGCUAGCCACAGACGAUUCUGUAGCAGGUGAAGUGUUUUUCGUAACAGACGACACACCUCUCGAAGACAUUUACGAGUUCUUGCGCCCGUUUGUGGAAUGCCAGGGCUGUCGUCUCUCGGACUACACAAUCCCUUACCUGUUGGCAGUGUUACUCCUGUGGUUGUGGGCCCUUGCGCUACGCAUGUUGCGCCCAGUCUGGCACUCUUCCUGCGCCCCACCUCCGGCUUCCUCGGUCACCUACAUCUGCACCUCCCUCUUUUUUAAUCGUACGAAGGCGACACUGCGUCUUGGCUACUACCCUUCCAUAUCACCAGACGACGCAGUCAGCCGCUCCCUCGAUUACUAUAAAUCUCUCAAGUUCUGACCAGAUGCUCGAGUGUUACGGAGCUACUUGUGUACCCUCACAUUCCUAAUAGGUGUACGGUAUUGGUGCAACUUGCAACCACCCUGUCGGUGCCCUGUUGCAGCUCUUUAGUCAGGUUCUGCAUUCACAAUAAGGCAUUCAUGGACUUGGUCGCAGUGGUGUGGAAUUCCAAUGUACGUUGGCGCCCUUCGACGGGGGCUUUGCACUACGUACCACGGGUCCUUGUGGUGCCUUUACCAGCACCUGCAAGUAGGUUGUAUAACGUUCCUCUAUGACACGAAAACAGAGAAUGCUCUAUUUUUGUAUACUCUGAUAUCUACGUAUCACAAUGUCUAUUGGUUGUGGACUGAAGGCUUUACGGGAAUAAAAUGGAAUAACUGUUA